CGGUUAAACAUUAAAUGUCAGGAGUGUAUCUGGAUGGACAAGGGUCUCCUGUGGAGACUGGGCCCCCGCACUCCUCCAGCAUGAAGUGUGUUCAUCUCAUUCUGCUUCUCUUGGCUUUCCACUUGAGUUCUUCCAGGUCCACGUCAGCAUCAGAUCUGCCUCAGGAGGAGCUGGUAGAUCAGAAAUGCUUACUGCAGAAAUACACGCAUCGCUCCUGUGACAAGGUCUUCUGCCAGCCGUGGCAGAGAUGUAUCUCCGGGACCUGUAUCUGCAAACUCCCCUACCAGUGCCCGAAGGCUGGCACCCCAGUGUGCGCCACAGAUGGAAGAAAGUACCCGACAUACUGUCACCAGAAGAGUUUCGAAUGUCUUCACCCAGAGGUCAAGUUUUCAAAUAAUGGAACGUGCACAGGUGAAGGAAAGUUUAAUGUUUCCUUGAUUUAUGGACUCACAGAAAGAGAGGGAAUUGUUCAAGUCAAACUUGUGGACCAUGAUGAGAAAAUGUUCAUAUGUAAAAACAGCUGGAGCACGGCGGAGGCCAACGUGGCCUGCGUCGACCUUGGAUUUCCACUGGGUGUUCGUGACAUACAAGGAAGGUUUAAUAUAUCUGGAAAUCUCCAUAUAAAUGACACUGAAUGCCUGCAUGUACGUUGCCGGGGAAUAGAGACCAGUUUGGCCGAGUGUGCCUUUACCAGGAGGAGAACUGAGACGCCCUAUGACUUGGCGAGUGUAGUGUGUUACAAGCAGGAUGCAGAUUUCCCAACGAGUCAGUCCUUCCAAUGUGUGAAUGGGAAGUACAUUCCUCAGGAGAAAGCCUGCAACGGUGUCAAUGACUGUGGAGACCAAAGUGAUGAGCUAUGUUGCAAAGGUUGCCGGGAUAACGCUUUCAUUUGUAAGUCGGGAGUUUGCAUUCCAGACCAAUAUAAGUGUAAUGGUGAGGUGGACUGCAUCACUGGUGAAGACGAGAGUCGUUGUGAAGAAGGCAGACAGCAGAGCAUUCAAAAAGGCCUUGCACGGGCAGAUCAAGGAGGAAAAACUGAAAUUGAAAUUGAAAAAAUAGAAAUGUUGACUCCUAGUAUGGACACAGAAAGAAAAAGGAUAAAGUCCUUAUUACCUAAACUCUCCUGUGGAGUCAGAAGAAACACUCACACUCGCAGGAAACGAGUGAUUGGAGGGAAGCCAGCGAAAGUGGGAGACUACCCCUGGCAGGUGGCAAUUAAGGAUGGCGAAAGAAUCACCUGUGGUGGCAUUUAUAUCGGUGGCUGCUGGAUUCUGACUGCUGCACACUGUGUUAGACCCAGUAGAGCUCACAGUUACCAAAUCUGGUCGGCUUUAUUAGACUGGCUAAAACCUAAUUCUGAGUUGACAAUUCAAACAGUGAAGAGAGUUAUUGUCCACGAAAACUAUAAUGGAGCCACCUUCCAAAACGACAUAGCUUUGGUUGAAAUGAAAAUGCACACGGGCAAGAAAGAAUGUCAACUCUCCAAUUCUGUCCCUGCCUGUGUCCCGUGGUCUCCAUUUCUGUUCCAGCCGAAUGACAGAUGCAUCAUCUCUGGAUGGGGUCGAGAGAAAGAUAACCAAAGAGUCUACUCACUCCGAUGGGGCCAAGUCGAUCUAAUAGGAAACUGCUCCCAGUUCUACCCAGAUCGCUACUAUGAGAAAGAGAUGCAGUGCGCAGGUACCAGUGAUGGGUCCAUUGAUGCCUGCAAAGGAGACUCCGGAGGCCCCUUGGUCUGUGAGGAUAUCAACAAUGUCACUUACGUUUGGGGCAUUGUGAGCUGGGGAGAAAAUUGUGGGAAGCCCGGUUUCCCAGGUGUUUACACCAGAGUGGCCAAUUAUUUUGAUUGGAUUAGCAAUCACGUUGGAAGGUCCCUUGUUUCUCAACACAAUGUCUGAAGCUAUAACCUCCUUCUUUCUACACUUAUUCUUUCAGGAGUUACAUUUUAAUUGAAAUGAAACUGUAUAGUUCCUUCUCCUCAGAGCUGGCAAGAAGCAAUUCUUACUGGCUAGUCCUAAAGUUUCUUGCAAGUUUAUGCUGUUUUAGAAUUCUGCCAUAUAAUCCCCAAUAAAUAUUCCGGCUAAGCAUA